AUCAUAUGACAACAUCACAACAAAAAUGUCUGCCUGCUUUUCGGUGCGGUAAUUUUUUUUUUAUCGUUUCACAAAUAUAACAUUUGCGUCAAAGCUUCUGCAUCUGAUGAAGACGUUCUUAAAAUAAAACCAAGCAAGACGCAAACUAGUCCGUGAAUAUCUUACCACGUAACGUCAUCAUGGAGCCCACAGCAUCGGGGAUAUUCUGUAACAGAAUGCUCAGUAUGGUGAACUCUGAAGACGUGAACGCCAUCAUUCAAGCUCAGAGACACAUGCUGGACCGGUUUGAGAAGACCAAUGAGAUGCUGAUCAACUUCAACGGACUGUCCAAUGUGCGCUUACAACAGAUGAAUGAACACUUUCUAAUGCACACCCGCACUUUAAUAGAGAUGAAGAAAGACUUGGACAGCAUUUUCAGACGAAUAAGGACUUUAAAAGGCAAGGUUGCAAAACAAUAUCCAGAGGCCUUCUGCAUGUCUUCCUUUGUAACAGACAUCAAUGAAUGUUCCAACCUGGAGGAGGAGGAUGAUGAUGAUGAUGAUGAUGACUUUGACCCCAUUCCUCCCAGCGUGGCCACCACCAUCACUACCACUGCAACGUCCGAACAGAGCACGGAGUCAUGUGACACAAGCCCUGAUGUGAUAUCACCCACCAUUAGCUGCUGUUCUGAAGACCCCUCUCAAGAGAACACCGGCACACCGACCUCUGACAGCCAUGAACAGCCAGUGUUACGGGACGAGGGGCCGGAUUCAGCUGACAUUUAGAUUCAUUUGUAUAAUAUUGUAUUUACUACAUACAGAUGCCACUUAACAGUGGGGCGAUGCAAGCUUACAGCUUAAGGUUUACUAUGCAAAAAUGGUUUUAAUGCUACUGUUGUUAAAUGUUAUUUUAAUUUAGAAAAAUAAUGCAAACUAGCUUACUUUUUGCAGAUUAAAAGAAAAGUUUUAAAGAUACAUUUAAAAACAGACAUGUUUACCUUGUGUUGUGGCAUUUUCAUGUUCAAAAC